ACUUUCGAACACAACGAUGACUACGACAAAAAUAACCAGGUUGACAUUGCUACUACUGUUCGCCUCAUCAGUGGCAGCCCAAAAAGCAAAAGGAUAUGGUGUUUCUCAGGGUAUCAACUGUUAUGGAAAAGAAUAUGUAUGCGUUGGUCCUUUAAACUACAAGCAUUGUGAAUGGGAUGCUCAAGGUAAUGCCUAUGCUUCGGGUAUCGUGAUACAAUGUCCCCCUAACCACCGCUGCGUUAACGAUGGAGUAGAAAUUUGUAUACCACUUAAAUUAUCUACAACAGCACCUCAAGCACAGCGCCUAAUCACCUCAGAGCAAAUACCCUUCAACUCAAUAUCAACUGAAGAUCCCCUAAAAAUUAAACCACUAAAAUGGGAAUCCACGUAUACAAUACCGGAUACCACAACAGAUAUAGUAGUAAAUAAAGAGCCAUCAAUUAUUCCUGUUGACACAACUCCUGCCGCAGAUGGUUCAAUAUGGACCACGUUUUUAACAGAGAAUCCGAACUUCUAUGAUACACUGGAACCUAAAUCAGCUGUUCCCAGUUUUCACUUUCCUACUAGUCCACCCCAUGAGACAACAACGGAUGCUGCUAUAGAAACUACGUCUCUUCAAUACGAAACAACUACUACUUCGGACACUUACGUGACAUUAACUCCAGUUAUAUCGGAUGAUUCCAGUAUACCAGUGGACUUCAAUAAUCGCUUUGAGAUCGGAUCAAUAAUAGAUGAAACGCAUAGAAACACUACUAUUACAAACUAUUCCACUGAUCCCAAUUUCUCAGAUAAUUCUUAUUUGCUAGCAGACUCAAAUAAUUCAGAGAAUCUUCAUUCGGUAAUGUCUACGAAUAAAUUUUCUGAUUCAAUAACAGAGAUUUAUUAUGAAACUACAGUAACUGGAAAUGAGGAGCACUAUGUGACAUUUGAAACUAAAGCGCCAAUAGAGGCAAAUCCUACAAUAUCUCCAGACAGUUCAGCGGUUACAACACAGAUAAAUGCACUUGAAUCCGACACACCAGUUGACCUGAGCGAGUCAAAUCUGAAAAAUAAAAAUCCAGUCGAUCCCAGGACUUUAUCUGAUCCUAGCGCACUGUCAAUUCUAAGCUUACCAGUCGAACAAAGCUCACCAGUGAUCCUUAACACCUCUAUCAAUAUAAGCGCAUCAAGUAAUCCUAAUACGGUAACCAUUCCGGUUGUUCAAAACAAUUUAAAUGUUUCACCAGAUCCUACUAUAGCAGCAAGACCGAGCUUAUCAGAUGAGCAUAACUUGCCAGUAGGCUCCAACAUACUAGUCGAAUUAAGUUCAACAGAUCUUAAUGCAGCAAAUAUUUCAGUAGACAAAACCAAUUCAAUCGUUCCAAGUACUACAUCUGAUAAUAACACCCCAGCAAUUUCAAUUUUGCCAGUGAACUCUAACAUCCCAAUAAGUGCGUCAACUGAUCCUACUACAACAAUUCCUGUAGAAGAGUCUAAUACCAUCGUUCCAAGUGCUUUAUCCGAUCCCAGCGCACCAGCAAGUCCAAGCUUACCAGUUGAACAUAACUCACAUGUGGAGCCUAAUAACUCGACGAAAUUAAACUCGUUUACUGAUCCUAAUACGGGAACGAUUCUGGGGGAUAAUACCAGUUUAAAGCUACCAAGUGCUUCAUCUGAACCUAGCACACCAUCAAGUUCAACUGAUCUGACUACAACAACCAUUUCUGUGGAAGAAUCCAAUACCAUCGUUCCAACUGCUUCAUCUGAACCUCGCACACCAGCAAGUUCAAAUUUACCAGUGAACACUAACAUCCUAAUCCAAUUAAGUGGGUCAAAGGAUCUUAAUACAGCAAAUAUUCCGGUGGAUAAAACCAACUCAAUCGUUCCAAGUGCUUCAUCUUCUCCAUCGGAUAAUAACACACCAGUAAGUUCAAGUUUAUCAGUGAACACUAACAUCCCAAUCCAAUUAAGUGGGUCAAAGGGUCUUAAUACAGCAAAUAUUCCGGUGGAUAAAACCAACUCAAUCGUUCCAAGUGCUCCAUCUUCUCCAUCUGAUAAUAACACACCAGCAAGUUUAAGUUUAUCAGUGAACUCUAAUAUCCCAAUCCAAUUAGGUGGGUCAACAGAUCCUAAUAUUCCAGUGGAUAAAUCUAAUUCAAUCGUUCCAAGUGCUCCAUCUUCUCCAUCUGAUAAUAACACACCAGCAAGUUCAAGUUUAUCAGUGAACUCUAAUAUCCCAAUCCAAUUAGGUGGGUCAACAGAUCCUAAUAUUCCAGUGGAUAAAUCUAAUUCAAUCGUUCCAAGUGCUCCAUCUUCUCCAUCUGAUAAUAACACACCAGCAAGUUCAAGUUUAUCAGUGAACACUAACAUCCCAAUCCAAUUAAGUGAGUCAAAGGAUCUUAAUACAGCAAAUAUUCCGGUGGAUAAAACCAACUCAAUCGUUCCAAGUGCUUCAUCUGCUCCAUCUUAUAAUAACACACCAGGAAGUUCUAGUUUACCAGUGAACUCUAACAUCCCAAUCCAAUUAAGUGGGUCAAAGGAUCUUAAUACAGCAAAUAUUCCGGUGGAUAAAACCAACUCAAUCGUUACAAGUGCUUCAUCUUCUCCAUCUGAUAAUAACACACCAGGAGGUUCUAGUUUACCAGUGAACUCUAACAUCCCAAUCCAAUUAAGUGGGUCAAAGGAUCUUAAUACAGCAAAUAUUCCGGUGGAUAAAACCAACUCAAUCGUUCCAAGUGCUUCAUCUGCUCCAUCUGAUAAUAACACACCAGCAAGUUCAAGUUUACCAGUGAACUCUAACAUCCCAAUCCAAUUAAGUGGAUCAACAGAUCCUAAUAUUCCAGUGGAUAAAACCAAUUCAAUCCUUUCUAGUGCUUCAUCUGAUCCUAGCAUAGCACCAAAUCCAAGCUUACCAGUUAAGCAUAACUCAUCCUUAGAUGAUGCAAAUCAAAUUAGCUCAAGUGUUUCAAUUGAUACGAAUGAAAUAUUAAGACCGAGCCCGUCAGUUGAUCUUAGUUCGCCGGAAUCCUUAAAUAACCCAAUCGGUUCAGGUGCUUCAGCUGACUCUAGCAUAUCAGUAAAUCCAACCAAACCGGUUGAUGUUAAAAUACCAAUUGUUGUGACAGUUAACUCAAACUUACCUGCAAAUCCUGAAAUACCAAUCAGUCAUAUUACUUCAACAAAUAUUAAUCAUGUGAGACCAAGCUCAUCAGUUAGACCAAACACCUUAAUUGUAUCCAAAGGAAACCAAUCAAAGGGCAUUAAUAUUCCAACCAACUUUAGUCCUUCUUCGGAACCAAACACACCUUUUGACCACACAUCACCAAUUCAUUCGAGUGUUUUACGCACUAGCUUUACAAAAUUGUAUCUACACUCUCGUAAUAAGGGAAGCAACGCUAAUGGAGGACCUGAUACUGGUUUGUUACUUUUACCAAAGCAAACUAUUGCAUCUAGCAAUUCAGCAUUGUCCAAAAAGCCUAUCCAUCAGGAAACUAUAGAAACAAAGUCGAGUGAGGUGAACUCUUCUAAAUCUGGUAUUAAAGAUGAGGACUCUAUUGAAGAAGAAUCAAAGAGCAACAGUAAAAAGUCGAAAAGGCAAAAGGUUUCCAGAGAUAAUAAGCACAAUCAAGAAACAGAAGAAAGAGAAUCAAGUGAAAUUGAUUUUGCCGAAAAAAAUCAAAACAAGGAUUCCUCCGUGGAAAACAAAUCUGGAGCAAAUAGUAAAGAAUCAGAGGGUAGUAAAGACGAAGAGAAAAAAGUUAAAGUUGAACGCAAGCCUGAUGACGAGGACGACGAAAGUUCAUCAAGUGAGCAAAAGGAAUUAAUUAAGAAAAUAGUAAAGAAACUGAAAGAUAGGAAAUGUGACGAAGAUGAUAUAUACCCAGACCCUAAAGAUUGCAAAAAAUACUACCGAUGUGUGAAAAAGGAACACAAGACCAGGAUAACUCAUUUACGCUGCGAAAGUGGUGAUCGUUUUGACUCAGACAAACUUAAAUGUAUAGACAAGCGGAAGGCCAAGUGUUUAUCCAAAGAAGAUUUUAUAGAAGAGUUCGCUUGAAUCCCGUAAUAGAAGCCGUCGUCAAUGUUGUUAAUUUUUUUCAAGAUAGUCAACUUUUGAAAGAUAGUCCGAAAUUCAUUAAUUACUAUCAAUUAGAUCACUUAUGUAUACCUAAUGUACUUUCGAAAACUUAAACCUGUUACUUUGUCCAAAUCACGGUCAAUUAAAAAUAUUAAACCAAAAUUA